AUGUUGCCUUUCUCUGCGCUCAUCCUUACAAGUUUAUUGGCUUAUUUUGUUACUGAAACCAACGCCUAUCAAGAACCCCCUAAAGGUCUUCAGUUUCUUGGCGUCGGCUACAAUCUUCUUGAAGGAAACCCCGAUGGCGGUGAUCUGUCCAAUGGAGGUAUUGAUCCAGGAUUGCUCUUUACAAGGAAAGUGUUUAAACUAUCCUACGACACAAACAAAGUGUCUAUAGGCAGGCAGUAUCUGAUUCCAGAUCAGGUCAGCUUUGCGCCAAGGUCUUCUUGCGUUACUACGACAAAGAACGAGGUUUUCUCCGGGUCUAAAAGCUAUCAGAACAAACUUACUGUUGAUGUAUCCGCUAAUGGUAGGUUAUUAGCAAGUUCAAUCAUUCAAUUUUAUUUCGCUUUUGCUGCCUUUGUUUUUUGGAAAAAACAGACACUUACAAAUUAAGCUUCAAACCAGUUUAGGUUUAUUAUGUUUAUUUUAAUCAACACCUGUUGGGGUUAUUUGCUGUAAGCUAUUUUUUAUUGUUCCUUGUAUUUUAUUGCCUCAGUCAAACAUAAACAAUAAUAAGAAACGGUAAAAGCUGAACAAAUAUUUUGCAGUAAAAAACGAAGAAAUCGAGUUUUGCAAUAUUCUCAGUAUUUUUAUAUUUUUUCAUGUUUCAACUGUACCUGUAAAGAAAUCAUCUAAUUCAGAUAUUUCUGAUAUUUUCUCGGCCCAUUUGUUUAUUUUCAAAGGUGGUUAUGACGCAGGGUUAUGGAAUGUGGCUUUCACUUUGAGUUCAAGUGAGUGCAAUAUAAACUUCAUUUAAAGAUUUAAAACAUAGUUCGCUUUAUCAAGGACACUUAAGCGGACAUGGUGCGAAUCAGCUUUGUAUUCCUUGUCUUCAAGAGUAUAAUCCUUGGCGCCUUUCACUGAAUGUAGUUAAUGACAGCAUGAUAUGGCAGUUGAAUGUAGUACUAUGUAGGAGUAAAAUAUGUCUUUAUGAUAAUCAUAACGUAAUCAACUUUAUAACAAACUGCAUCCUUAUAGACUUUGAGAAAAUGACUAAAGAGACAUCCACCUACAAAAAUGUGUUUUAUGAAGAGAAGAAGGUCUGCAAUCGUGGUCGUGCUCGUUAUCAGUUAGAUUUGGCCCCAAUUAAGAAAUUCCCAGUGUCUGAGGACUUUGCUGCUGCUGUUUGUGGUCUACCUGAUGAUUACUCCGAACGAACGUACUUCAACUUUAUUGAAAGAUGGGGAACUGUAAGUUAUCUGGGAUCGUAAAAACUGAACUAAGGAACAGUCAUUUUUUUUUUAUCGCAAACAGAGUAUAGAGGAGGACUAGAGAUUAGAUUAUUCUGGAGCCUUUGUGUGUGCGCGUUUGAGUGUGUGGGGGGGGACGUCGGGCAAAUUUUACUGUUAUACACCUAAAAUCCUUCAUUACCUUAUGAGCAAUUUUGGAACAUCAUAAAAUGGCUGAAUGGAAGAAAAACCCUGGGAACAACGAAGCUAUUGCUGGCACAUUUGUUAUAAUUUAAAAUUCGGUUGAUUUUUAUGAAAAAAUAAUUACUGAUGUUCAUUUAACUUCAGCACAUUGUAGUUGAAGUUGAGUUGGGAGAGAAAGUCAUCGAGCGCUCAAAAGAAAGCCAGACAGAAUUUAUAAAACACGCCAUCCAAAAUGUAAGUAGCUACGGAAUCUAACUUUUUUCUCUGUAAUCACAUUAAUUUCGGGGUGUCUGACCCUCUCACCAGAGAGGCAAAUAAAUUUAUAAGUUUUAUUAAUCUUUUCUGGGACAAUAAGCAUCUCACUGUUGUCAUUGCAGAAACUACGUCUUCCGAAGCUUUCCAAAUCUCCCCAUAGAGGGCGUUGUGGGGCUCACACUGUCUGAGCUAAGAAGCUUAACUGAGAACUUAGAUAUUUUUCAUUUGUUUACUUAUAGAUUAAGGGGUCUGUGUCACCCUCUGGUUCUUUUGCUGGCUUCUCCGGGUCACUCACAGUUAACAUGGACAAAUUCCGAGAACAGAUGACACAAGAGGAUAAAUUUGGAAAACACAAAAUUGUUCUUACAUCUGGAGGCAUGGACAUGCCUGAGCCAAUCGGAUUGAAGCUUGUUCCUGUGUACGAGGCCCUGAACAAAAACUUUUACCAGUUGUCGGGUGCAGGAUCUGGGUCUCCAUGCAAACAUACGGAAUCUCUUCUGAGAUCUAGAAAGGAUAAUUUGGUUCAAAUCCUGAAGGAAUAUCCACGGCUGAAGGGUACCAAUGUACCAAUUGGUAAAUAAAAGUCUCUUAACCCUUUAACUGCCAUAAAUGACCAGGACAUAGUUUCUCCUUACAAUAUCGAUACAAUAGCAAGCAGACAAGUGAUGAGAAUAAAAAAAAAUGUUAAUUAGGGGAUUGUUAGUUGACACAAUACAAAUUCUCCAAACUAACAUAAUAAGAAUCCUUUGGCAGACAGUAAGGAGAAUUACUAAUGAGAUCUUAGAAGUUAAAGGGUUAAAUCGCAAGCCUAAAAUCGUUGAGGAGUUUUCCUCUGUAAGGGAACUUUUUAAAUUUUCCACGUGGACUCAAUCUGGUAAAUGAUCAUUGGCAAUCUAUGAAUCGAAGUGGAGGCUCAUACUCAAAUCAAUACUUCUUCGUCAAAAGGAGGGAAAACCUACUUCCGUUUCUUAUUGUUCAAUUACGGUCAUUGUCUCCAAUUUUUUAAAGGUUGGAUAUAAAUUGUUCAGUAUUCGAAAUUUAAAACGCUAAAAGGAACUAAUUAUGGUCUUGCGCUGAAAAGCGUGCCGGAAAUGAUGACAUAAUAGUAAUGCGUUUGGAUGCCUUCUGAAGUCAUUUAAAACAUUUUUUUAUAUACCCUUCUGAUUUCUUUCUCGUCGUUCUUCCCUUCCUUUUCAUUUCCUUUUCUUUUUCCUCCCUCUCAUAGAUCCACCUGUAGUUAUACCGCUUACCUGGCCCCAGGGAACAUAUGGCCUUCCCAUGACCACCCACGGCUGUCCUAGAGCAGCUGGUUUUACAUGGCAUCAUGGGUAUCGUUAUCAUGAAAACGAGAUCGGUAACAGCUGGUCUUAUCCCUACCACUUGGCGGGAAAAAAAAGUAUUUGGACAAAUCAACAGGCCUUUUGUAUCAAAACCAAGGAUCAAGGCACAAAAUAUGACCUUACUUGGUCACCAGGACAAUAUUGUCUCUUCAAGAAAGGAGACUGUCCCGAAGGUUUGUUUUCGUAAAGAUAAUAAUAAUGAGUCGAAUAACGUCUAUAAUACUUGGCCAUUCUUGUAAUUAAAAAAGCAGAUAUUCAUACGACGUUGAAUCUUUCUGAAGCAGAGACCUCUUGACAACGCGCCAUUGCUAUAAAGAUAAAAUAAAGUUUUAUCUAUAUCUGAGCCUGCUAAGAGAGAUAUGGGGUCGUGAAAGGGCGUAUGAUGAUAGAACUCGUAGUCAGGUUUUCUACCCUCAGUCUUUUCCAUAGCUAUGAAUCUAAAAAGUUGAGCUUAUUAAAGAAAAUAAGGUUUUGAUAAUGAUUUAACCGCUAAACCAAAUCUACAACAAGAGGGUUAUCCUUCAUAUCUCUUUUCAACUAUUACAUACUUUUCGUCUGUGCUCUGGUCUACUCACUUUUCUGUAACCCCCAUUUUUCAUUCAUCUCCUAAUCACAAAGAUGAUGAAUUGCUGUUUUCGACAGGUUUCAAAACAGGUUUCAUUCGCUGGGACGAUGAAAAUAGCGAUAACAACAACAAUUAUAGGGGAGCUAUGCCGGAUGGAAAGUUUACCAAAAACACGCUAAUUGAGUACUGCUGCCGCACGGAUGGGCACGCCGAAAACGACAUCAUCCUGCCCACGGACACGCCGUUCGUGUUGUUCAAAUCGAACUCUCAUCAGUGUCAGCAUGUACAAGGAAUGCGCUGGAAGGAGGAAUGGUUCCAAUGGGAUACCGAGGACUGGUCUUUCUCUGGAAACGAAAAAAUGGGAUCUGUUCCGUAUGGGGAGGUCGGAAGAAAUAUUAAGUUGUAUUAUUGUUAUUAUUACCGGUAA